AUGGAUUUCAUCACAACAACCAAUAAUGAUUAUCACUGGCCUUUUCCAAAACCUAUAGUGGGAAAACCAUGUGAACCACCAACGCCUGAUGCGGCACCAUCUAUAAGGCCAGCGCCCGUCGCCCCGUAUUGCCAUUGCGAUUCCCAUUCUUACUCGCCUCGCGUAGAACAAUAUAAGCAAUUGCUCGAAAAAGAGCAAAAACUAUGCCAGGAUUAUGAACAGUUGAGAAAGCAGAUGGUAGACGUGACAAAUGAUAUACUCGAUCACCCUUGCGAUGAUCUCGACAGCAAGAUGAUGACAAUGUAUCAAGCGACUUAUAAAAAGAGAUCAUUCCCAGUAUCUGAUUACCGAACAAUAAUGGCGGCUGCACAAUCCAACGCGCCUAUUCCGAUGGAGAGUCACAAACUUGGUCUUCUACGUUGUUAUAAAGAUCCAACUCACUUCUCGGAUAACCCUCCAAUAGUUCGCCCCACAAUUAACCCUCCAGGUCCAGUUCAUACCGGAGUUAGCCCUAAGUCCAUCCAGACCUGGUUUACAGAAUUCCCAGGAAGAACAGAAUAUAUGGAUACUAUCAGUUCUUCAGCAAAAGCUAGUUGGAGAUCGAUGCAAAGGUUUAAAGAACCUUUGCCUUCUACGAGAAGAAGGGCAGAUGAUACGUGUGUC